GAAAUGGCCCUGCUCUGCCCGGGCACCCUGCCCUCCCGUUUCUCCUGUCAUUCUUCAUCAUCACUGGCACAUUCAUCAUGGGCGUCAGCAUACCACCGUGAAUGAGACCGACUGUCCCAACCCCUGUGGAUUAGGAGGCAGAACGCAGGAGUAGGGGGAGACGUGAGGAGAGGGUACACUUAGGGGUCACCGAGCAUUCUCAUUCCCCUGCCUGGCCUUGAGUGGAGCCCCAUGAGGAGCUGCUGGGGGGCUGCUGUCUGGGUCACACCGAGGGCCGGCAGGGCUGGGUCUCAUGUUUUGGGGCUUUCUCUGCUCUGGUGGGUUGAGACCUCUGAGUGGGGUGGGGAGCAGGAGGGCUGACUGGGACCCCUGGCCUGGUCUGCCCCCAGCCCACCGUGUGAGGGAGUCCAGAAGCCAGAGGUCACCACAGAGUCUCUGCCAGCCUGGCCAUGAACCUGGAGCUGCCCAAGGCCGAGGUCCGGUCGGCCACCAGGGUGACCGGGGGGCCCGUCACUCCCAGGAAAGGGCCCCCCAAAUUUAAGCAGCGACAAACCAGGCAGUUCAAGAGCAAGCCCCCUAAGAAAGGCGUCCAAGGGUUUGGGGACGACAUCCCUGGAAUGGAAGGCCUGGGAACAGACAUCACGGUCAUCUGCCCAUGGGAGGCCUUCAACCACCUGGAGCUGCACGAGCUGGCCCAGUACGGAAUCAUCUAGCACCCAGGAUCCCGGGACCCUGCAUCCUGCUGCCCGUUCUGACUCCUGCUCAGGAUUCCUGUGAAGGAGGCCCAUCCCCCAGUCCAACGUGUCCAGAUUGCCCAGACUGUGUCUGGAGACUUGUGCAGGGCGGCGACCUCAGGCCGUUGGACGCCAGUUCCCAGGAGCCCACCAUCUCCCCGAAGGACGCCCUCUGGGAGCCGGCCUGGCCCUGCUUAAUUUCCAGAGACUGUGGCCCAUGCUUCUCAGGCCUGCCCUCAGAGAGGGGGAACUGGACCCCAGACCCUCUCCUCUGGGGGCUGGAAAGCCAGGGAGGGCCUCCCAGGAGUGUCCCCCACACCCUAGUCCCCUGUCCUACCCAUCUGGGAGUGAGAACAAGCCUCUCCCACUAGCCCUUACCAGCAGGUGCCCUUGGGUCUGGCGUAGUGGGCGGCAGGAGUCCUGGGGGCCUGAGCGAGAGAGCAAGGCCACUCCAAACCCAUCACGCCGGCAGGAGCUUGCCCUUUCCAACAUUGCCCAUGCUUGCUGUCCCUGUUUCAAAAUAAAAUUUU